GGCGCGCGCCCGGCCCCGCCCCGGAGCCCUCCGCGACCGCCGCGACCAAUGAGGUUUCUGAUCUCCUACAGCCUCCUUUUGCCCCGGGCUGCGCAGGUCUUGGCGGCUGAGUCUGGCUUAUCUCCCUGCCGUUCCUUCAUGGGCUUUGCUGCCCCUUUCACCAACAAGCGAAAGGCUUACUCUGAGCGCAGGAUCAUGGGGUACUCAAUGCAGGAGAUGUAUGAGGUGGUGGCCAACGUCCAGGAGUAUCGGGAGUUUGUGCCCUGGUGUAAGAAGUCUUUGGUGGUGUCCAGCCGUAAGGGUCACCUGAAAGCCCAGUUGGAGGUUGGCUUUCCACCUGUCAUGGAACGUUAUACCUCUGCGGUUUCCAUGGUCAAACCUCACAUGGUCAAGGCUGUUUGCACUGAUGGCAAGCUCUUCAACCACUUAGAGACUAUUUGGCGAUUCAGCCCUGGUAUUCCUACCUACCCCCGAACCUGCACUGUGGACUUUUCGAUUUCCUUUGAAUUUCGUUCUCUGCUGCACUCCCAGCUGGCUACCAUGUUUUUUGAUGAGGUUGUCAAACAGAAUGUUGCUGCCUUCGAGCGCCGGGCAGCCACCAAGUUUGGUCCAGAAACAGCCAUCCCCCGUGAACUGAUGUUGCAUGAAGUGCACCAGACUUGAGGGAAAGGAUUGUUCCCUAGCCUCUCCUCUACUCCCCUCCCCAUCCAGUUCUCUUAUUUAUUUGGUUUGGCGCUUGCUCCAAUUUGAGAGGAGUCUGAGUUCAUAAUACUGUUCUUUGAAUUCCCUGGAAAUUGGGCUCUACAUUGGCUGGAAAUGCUGGGGGGAGGGGAGCAGGGGUUAUGAAAACGUGGAAAGGGUCAGGCUCAUCCUAAAAGCCCCAUAUGCCUGCAGCCUUUUCAUACUGAACUAGAAUCAGGACUGUGUGGUUGUAUCUGGGCCCUGUCAGAGCACCUCAGUGUCUGACCAGGGGAAAAUAGCAACUUUUCUAAGAAUUGAAUAAGUUGAGCUUUUCCUCUGGCAUAGAGGUACUGGGUGAUCAUGUUUGCCCUGCCUCAGAGUCCUCAGGAGAAAAGGCAACCUACCCUCAGCUUGAAAUCCAUAUAGCCUCACUUUAAGAAUAUUUCCAUGCUGCCUGGAUAGUAGAGAGCAGGGGGCUUUCUUACCGUGUCACAGGGCCGAAGAGAAAAAAAGCACUGAACAAAGUUGUCUUUGUGCUCUUGGGUUGUACCUUAUCCUUCCACUUGGCCUGAGUUUUUAUAAAAUUUCAAUAAAUUGUGACAGUGUGAA